AUGCGGAAGAGUGAGGGCCUGGCCAGCGAGUCGGUGUCGUGCCUGCGGGAGGCGCUGGGCCAGCUGCGCGACAUCUGGGAGGAGAUCGGCAUCCCCGAGGAGCAGCGGCUGGAGCGGACCCAGGUGGUGAAGGAGUACGUCCAGGAGGAUGGGGGGGCGACCAUCCUGGAGCUGGAGAAGGAGUUGCGCAUGCACGUGGAGGCCUUGCUGAAGCAGAAGCAGGAGCGCAAACAGGCCCUGCAGGCUUUGCGGGAGCAGGAGCUGGAGAUUUGUGACUUGCUCUCCGUGGCACCGUACGACAUCUGCGCCGAUGCUGUGCCCAGCCUGGAAGACCUGGACCACUUUCGGCAACACUUGGCAUCCCUGGUGGCAGAAAAGGAUCGCCGGCAAGGGGAGUUUGUGGGCACGAAGCAGAAGAUCAUCCUCUGCAUGGAGGAGCUGGAACACGUUCCUGACACCAGCUUUGAGCGGGACGUUGUGUGUGAAGAGGAAGACGCCUUCUGCCUCUCGGAAGAGAACAUCGCCGCUCUGAAAAAACUGCUGCAGCAGCUGGAGAUAAAGAAAGCUCAGAACAAGGCUUUGUGUGAAGAACUGCGCUCCAAAAUCCUGGUUCUCUGGGAUCGGCUGCACGUGCCCAUGGAGGAAAGAGAAUCCUUUGUCCCCUGCAUGGUGGGGUCUAGGAGCCAGACCAUCAGUGCGCUGCAGUUAGAACUGAAUCGUCUGGAGACACUGAAGCUCCAGAAUAUCCAGAACAUGGUGGAGGCCCUCCGGGUGGAGCUGGCGGAUUACUGGGACAAGUGCUUUUAUGGCAAGGAGCAGAGGGAGGCUUUCCGUCCACUUUAUGAGGAUGAUUUUACUGAGGAGCUAUUGCAACAACAUGAGGAGGAAAUCGCACGAAUAAAGCUCUUCUUUGAGAAGCACCAGGAACUCUUUGAAGCGGUCCGCAAAUGGGAGGGGAACUGGCGCCUCUUCCAGGAGCUGGAGAGGAAGGCAACAGACCCGAGUCGUUUCACCAACCGAGGGGGCAACCUCUUGAAAGAGGAGAAGCUGCGGGCCAAGCUGCAGAAGACGCUUCCCAAGCUGGAGGAGGAGCUGAGGGGUCGGCUGGAGCUCUGGGAGCAAAAGCGCGGCCAAGCCUUCCUCGUCAACGGGCAGCGCUUCAUGGAGCACGUGGCAGAGCAAUGGCAGAUGCACCGCCUGGAGAAGGAGAGAGAGCGGGAGGAGCGGCAACUCAAGAAGUCCCGUCAAAUUGAGGAAGAAAUGAUGUAUGGCAGCACCCCCAGCAAGCGUCGGGUCUUAGGCCCCCCCACCCCUGGCAAAGUGCGGAAGCUAAACGCCACAGCAGCCACCCCCAACAGCACCAUCCGCUCAGCCUUGGGGGGCUCCGUGUUUCACUCCCCAGCAUCACAACCACCCCUCUCUGGAAGCAAGUCUCUCCGGACUCCCUGUCGCACGGCUGCCAAGCCAUCUCGGCCAGCCCGCGUGGAACACAACAAGGAAAAUGUGUCUCAGCUCAACGGAACUUCUCUGAGCGCGCGAACUUUCAAAGGCUUCCAAAUCUGAGAAUCGAUCCCG